UUGGCUCUUCGGCCCGAGAAGGCGGAGCCAGUCCAAGUCCUGCGCCCCGGACGCGGCUGCACUUUUCAAACCUCAACUGUAAGAAGCGCCCGCCGGUCGGUCGGUCGGUCGGUCGGCGUCUGUGCGGUCGCCGCCGGGAGUCGCCUCACCCCAGGGGCCUGGCUGACGGCGACCAGCCGCUGUGGGGGAAGCGUGAAGCGAGCGAGACAAUAAAAUGUGACCAGUGAAACUGAAUGUCUGCAGAAAUAAGGAGGUAUGAAGAAGUUAACUGAGCACCAGGUGUGAUGCACAGGCCUAUAAUCCCAGCAUUCGAGAGAGAGAGAGGAUUAUAACUGGUUCAAGGUAACAGAAGUGCGUGCCCAGAGAAGCAGACCUGGCAGCCAUCAAACAUGUCCCGGAGAAGAUUCGAUUGCCGAAGUAUCUCAGGCUUGCUAACUACCACUCCUCAAACGCCAGUGAAGAUGGAAAAUUUUAAUGAUUUCUAUACACUUACAUCCAAAGAACUGGGGAGAGGGAAAUUUGCUGUGGUUAGACAAUGUAUAUCAAAAUCGACUGGCCAAGAGUAUGCUGCAAAGUUUCUGAAGAAGAGGCGAAGGGGCCAGGAUUGCCGGGCAGAGAUUCUGCAUGAGAUAGCUGUGCUGGAACUAGCCAGGGCCUGUCCCCAUGUGAUCAAUCUACAUGAGGUCUACGAAAACGCAACAGAAAUCAUUUUGGUGUUAGAAUAUGCUGCAGGUGGAGAAAUUUUCAACCUGUGUUUACCUGAGUUGGCUGAAAUGGUAUCUGAAAAUGAUGUUAUCAGACUCAUUAAACAAAUCCUUGAAGGAGUUUAUUAUCUACAUCAGAAUAACAUUGUUCACCUUGAUUUAAAGCCACAGAAUAUACUAUUGAGCAGUAUAUACCCACUUGGGGACAUAAAAAUUGUAGAUUUUGGAAUGUCUCGAAAAAUUGGGAAUGCAUGUGAGCUUCGGGAAAUCAUGGGAACACCUGAAUACUUAGCUCCAGAAAUCCUCAACUAUGAUCCUAUCACCACAGCAACAGAUAUGUGGAAUAUUGGCAUAAUAGCAUAUAUGUUGUUAACUCAUACAUCACCAUUUGUAGGAGAAGAUAAUCAAGAAACAUACCUGAAUAUUUCUCAAGUUAAUGUAGAUUAUUCAGAAGAAACUUUCUCAUCAGUUUCACAACUGGCCACAGACUUCAUCCAGAGCCUUCUAGUAAAGAAUCCAGAUUGGAAGAUGUCCUCAGCUUGCCUCAAGUGCUCACCUUUCCUUUUCUGCUUUCUGCAAAGGAGAAGACCAACAGCAGAAUCCUGCCUUUCUCAUUCUUGGCUACAGCAGUGGGACUUGGGAAGCUUGGUUCACCCUGAGGAAACUUCAGAGCCCUCUCACAUUCAGGAUCAUCCCCUCAGGUCCUCCGAAGACAAGACCCCCAAGUCCUCCUGUAAUGGAAGCUGUGGAGACCGGGAGGACAAGGAGAAUAUCCCUGAGGACAGCAGCCUGGUUUCUAAAAGAUUUCGCUUUGACGACUCCUUGCCCAGCCCCCAUGAACUUGUUCCAGAUUUGCUGUGUUAGCACUUUUCUGUGACUCAUCUGGACUGACUUGGAAAUUUGAAAUCUUCUCUGGUGUGAGAUUGUGUUUUUGGCCUCAUAUAUGAUAUGUUUAUAUUACAAAUGCACUUUUGCUUAGAAGAACUUAGGGAACAGUUUAAAUGCUAGGUUUUUGUUUACCAGCAUAUCAUUUCCUGUCCUGAAAUUGUUUUAGAGAAAAUAUUUAAGUAUAUGACAAAAAUGUAAAUUGUGCACAUGACUUCACAUGCAACUGAAAGAAUUCAAGUGCAGUUGAACUUAUAAAAUGUUUUACAUAUCAAGAAAAAAAAUGGGUUAUAUUAUGGUUAGUGAAGAUUGAACAAAAUGAAACAUUGGAAUAUAGUAGAUUCUCCCUAAGGUGAGCCCUAUGCUAUGACUCUGUUGACAAAAUUUGUUUGGGGAAAUAAUGCCAAGUAUAAACCACAACAUAUACUGAGACAUUAUUAUUAUUAAUACUCCAGAGACACAACUGAAAAUGCUGCCCAGUUACCAGUAACUUGAAACUGUGUAAGAUUUCCUUUGUGUGCAGUAUGUUCUGUGAGAGGUCCUGUCAACCAGAGCAGAGAGGAAACAAGGCUGACCCAAGCUGUUUCUCUGCAUGUUGAAUCAAAGCAUGGCAUCAUUUCCCAACUCAGAUGUAUUUUCACACUCAUCAUACAUCAGAUCUAAUAAGGUCUGGAAGAUGGGUAUUCAUGGUAUGCAAAUUAAAGAGGUCCUCCUCAUCCUCUAGAAUUAUUAGAGUAGAGGAGAAUUGGAUAAAACCAAAUGUGUUCUAAUUUCAGUCAGUUAGACAUAUUCAUAAAGGGAAAUGCUAAGUCCAGGCAGCUUACUUAGUGUUGGGUAUCUCCUAAGUCUGAGAAUGCAAGCCUGUCAUUUAGUACUCCAUGAAAGUACCAGAGCAUUGGUAGAACUGUUAACACCAGAGUCCUUAGUAGGUAACAUAAAGCAUGAUGGCUUAGGCACUGCUGGAGUUCUUAGGUAAAAUUCUUCAUGAGUGAGGAGGCUUGGUGUGUGUGUGUGUGUGUGUGUGUGUGUGUGUGUGUGUGUGUCUUGGUCUUCUGGAAACAACACAAGUAAGAGUCUAGUGUUGAGUCAGUGGUCAAUAACUACGUUCAGUCAUGAUGGGAGGAGGCUUGGGGAAUGUUCUGGUGAUUUCACAUUUGUGUCCAUCAAAAGGUCUAUAAUAAUUUUGUAUUAAGAUAACUGGUCAAAUGAAUAUUCUACCAUAUUAAACUCCAUUUCCCCCCCAAAAAAAAUAAAAACUAAAAAGCCUGUGUCUUUCCACAUUGAAGUGGGUUUAGUCUAACCUGUAAAUUGUCGAAAUUGUUAAUCAAUUCUGAAUUCUUUAGAUAACUUUACACUAUUUUAAAUGAGCAUCAGGUGUUUGUUUGAUAAACAUGGCGCUCCUUUUAUUUUUGUCAUUUUUAAAGGAGAAGUUGUCCUUUGUAUAUGUGUGAGCAUAUAUGUAUGUGUACAGGUGUGUGUAUAUAUGUAUAGAUAGAUACAAUAGAGCCUUUAAGCAACCUCACAUUAGCCAUUCUGUGCUUGUGUAUUGUGCUCAACUCAGGUGCCAAAGGAGCCCACUCUAAUGGAUAAUAAAGAUGCAUUCUCUAGGAAGUCGUCUAUUGGCCCAGUAAGCUAAACACUGAAGAUGCUACAUUUAACUCUUAUGUGUCUAAAACUGAGGAGUUGUUGAUAAAUUAGUGAUUGCUUGUGUCUUUUCCACCAGUGUUAAUUCAGGUAAAGUCAUUAGUUGGUCAUUAGGGAAGGUUGUGAUUACUUUCCUUAAAGGUGGUGUUUUAUUAUAAAACUUUAAAAAGUAUUAUGCCAGACCCCAAAAGUAAACAUUUGAAAUUUUAAUUUUAAACCACUUGUUAAAAAAUCACUUUUUAUUGUCUUUCUCUGAGGAAUCCUGAGAUAGUUUGCCUGUUCUUCUUAAUGGACUACCAAGUAAACUCGCAAUACCUUUUCUUGAGAUGUUGUUCAUUGUAAAACAGUAGCUACUGGUUGUACACAGAAUAUAAAAACGGUCUUUCCAUCAAGGCGAAUUUAAAUAUUUCAAAUGUUGAAAUGUGGAAAUAAAUGUCUUUUGAGAGAAUUUA